CCCGCCCCUUCCCUCCUCGGGCUCUGUCUUCGACCCUCAGAACGUGGGGGCUGGACGCCCACGCCGACGAAAGGGGCUCAAGGAGGAACCUCGGAGGUGCUGAGUAGGGAAAGAACUGUUUCCAGUAAGGCCUUAAAACCCCAGAUCCCCACGGGUUGGGGCGAAUCUGGAAGUGGCCGCGCUUAGCUUUGCAUAACAAUACUCAGCUUUGCAUAACCAACGCGGACUGGCAUUUAAAGGCGUUGCUGCCGGAGCCCAGACCUUGUCGUUAUCUUCGCGCAGACCCACCUUUUGCAAUGAAGCCCCUGAUGCGGGCUCCGCUCCUGAUCGCCCUGGGCGUGCUUCUCGCUGCCCCUGAGGCCCUUGCGAAGGUCUUACUGAAGAAGGCCUUCCGGGUCAGUAGCUUUUCUUGGGAGAACUGUGACAAGGGGAAGGACCCUGUGCUCAUCAAAAGCCUGAAUGUGGAACCUAACCCCAUUGUAAAUCCUGGGAAUGUGACCGUGAGUGCCGAGACCCAGACGAGUGUCGCCCUCAAUGCUCCUCUGAAGGUGGAAUUAACUGUGCAGAAGGAAAUGGCUGGCUUCUGGGUCAAAGUCCCGUGUGUGGAGCAAGUUGGUAGCUGUACCUAUGAAGACAUCUGUAACACAGUUGACAGUUUUUUCCCCCCUGGAGAGCCCUGCCCAGAGCCCCUGCACACCUAUGGGCUUCCCUGCCACUGUCCCUUCAAAGAAGGCAAAUACUCACUGCCCAAGAGUGUUUUCAGCCUACCCCACCUGGACCUGCCCAGCUGGCUCAGUACUGGAAACUACCGCGUCCAGAACAUCCUAAGCAGCGGCGAGAAACGUCUGGGCUGUUUCAAGCUCAAUGUCUCUCUACAGACCAUUAACGUGGCACCAGCUGCAGCAGAAUGAAGGGGUGUGAGGAAGGGUCCCUCUUCCUCUGUGUUGCAUUUGUCAAAGCCAAAUUCUGAUUUUCUGUCCCUCUUCAAGCUCCUUUCCACAGUGAUGCUACUACCCUCGCUGGAGAUCAGUUUGUGGCACUUACAUUUUGGGCAUGGGCAAACAGCCCUAACGUCAGGUAGGGGGAGCCUGGUGGCUCAGGACAUCUACCAGGCUGGCCACUCCACUUUCCUCCUCACCCCUUCAGCUUUCUAAGAGCUUAACUUAUUUUCCAAACAGUCAGGGAAUUGGAUGAACAUGUUUUGUGACCCCAAGUUCAGACUGACCCAGUAUUGCUCUCCCGAAGUACCUUGAAUGAUUUUCUCAUUAAAAUUGUUUUGUC